AUGGUUUUGACUUGUGUAUCAGAGAUUGCUAAUGGCUCGACUUCGCUCUUGGACCUUGUCAAAGCGCUAGGAGAAUAUCUCACUGCGGAAGAAGAUGACCUGCGCUCUAAAGGUGUAGAUUUCCUUUCGUUAGUAAUCGGAAAAUGUCCCCCAGAGAAGUUCAGCCGGCAGUCGGUGCGCGUCCUAGUCACAUUCUAUUGCGGCAAGCUGGAGGACACAGAGACCAUCAUACCUGCUCUGAGGGGCCUUGUGCCCCUUAUGUCAUUGUCUCCCGUCACAUCAGCAGAUGCAGUUGAAGUCACAAAAGCUGUCAUCAAGCAUGUCAAGAUGAAGGCCCUCGUCCAAUCUCAGCGGUAUCUGGUGUUCAAGACUAUUGACACGCUCAUAGCCAACCAACGAGACGCCCUAAAGGCUAUGGGCAAGGAAUUUAUAUCCGGAUACAUCUCUCUCGCAGAAGGCGAGAAGGAUCCCCGGAAUCUCCUUCUUGCUUUUGCCAUAGAUCGAGUCAUGGUGCUCGAGUUUGACAUUUCAACACAUGUCGAGGAUCUGUUCAACGUCACGUUUUGUUAUUUCCCCAUUACUUUCAGGCCACCACCAGACGACCCGUACGGGAUCACCACUGACGAUUUAAAGAAUGCCCUGAGGGAACCUGCUCUGGGCCUUCUGGUGACAAUAGCCGAAUUCGCGCCGUCGCAUGUUACGCAGACCACCCUUCCCUUGCUAUUCGUCUCCCUCCCAGAUCGAGCUCCGCCCCGCGACGCACAGGCAGAGCGGAUACGGUGCUGGCGCACGCUUGAUUCGCUCUCCCGUCUUUGCAAGCAAGCCGACCUGUUCGAGACGCUGGUCGUGCGGCUGCUCACGAAGCUCGACCUCGUAUGCGUACCGCCCGCCGAUGGCGCCCUAGCACAGGACGAGACGGACAUCGAGCCCCGCGCGGCCUACGCCCACUCCAUCCUGCGCACUAUGGCAGACGUGCUCGCCGCGAAGGUCGCCGCAGGGCACAGCGAUGUGACCAAGUACGCCGAUCGGCUGGUGCCGCGGGUCUUCAAUCUGUUCAUAUAUGCCGCCCUCGUGUCGAAUGGACGGUACAUGGCGGCCACGGACCCGCGUCUUGUCUCUGUCGCGUCGCAGAUCGUCACGUUGGUCGUGCAGACGCUGUCACCCCAACGACAAGAGGCGUUCGUAUCUGUGCUGUUCGCGGGCUAUCUGCACGGAGACGCGGGGAAAUUGGCAGAGGGUCAUCAAAAGCUCCCGGCUGACAAGAAGUUCGAGCCCUUCAGCCCCGAAGUGUGUUCUCUGCAAAAGAAUCUCCUUGCGCUGUUCUCUGCGGCUAUAAUCGCGCUACAUAAGGAGGUCGCGCUCCCCGUACCUGACGAGGACGCUUUCCUCAACACGCUCUUGCAAUGGAGCAGUGCUCAUGCAGAAAAUGUAUUGCAGCGGGACGCAGCAACGCAUGCGAUAUCUUCGAUCGUGAACAAGCGGCCUGGCGGCUUGGCAGUAUUCCUCGCCGAAACGCUGGAUUCAUUCUGGACUACACAGAUAGCCAAUAGGGCAAUGCCGCCUCCGAAGCGUAAAGAAGGGAUAUCCUCCUGGGCAUGGAUCACUAAAGCGCUCCUAAUUCGCAACGACGCUGCCGCAGCACGCAAUAUUGAUAAGUUGCUCGGCUUGCUCGACGACGCCGAGGUUAGCUGGGAUGCCGCGCGGGCGAUAGGGUCUGUCGUUGCCACGGACAAGAUCCUCACGAAGAGGAACCAUGCAGUCAUCAAGGCAGGCUGCUCCUUACGGCUGGCAUUGGUCGCUUCACUGAUCGGCGUUGCACAGAUCCUGUAUGCACAGCGAUACUGCAGCUCUGUCUUGCCGCGUAUCGUAGAAGGCGCAAGGUCAUCUUCAGAUUCGCAAAAGCAGAACGCGUUCCUCGUAGCACUGACAUCGCUCAUCCAGUCCGUGCCCAAGUCGGUGUACGCGCCUCAGAUGUCCAUGCUUAUGCCCCUCCUGCUUCGCGGACUGGACCUCCCAGAUACGGAAAUACGCGCCGGCGUCAUGGACACGCUCUUCGCCGCGGCGCAGUCCGACGCGAACGAGAACGGCGUCGUCGCGGAGCACGCGGCGAGCCUCGUGUCGACGAUGCUCCGGAACAGCAUGGUCAAGGAGAUGCCCGCGGCGGCAUCAAGGCGUAAUCAGGUUUCGCGACUGUGUACUUACAAGCGCGUUGGUCCCCCAAUUUAUGAUACGAAACUCUAUGACGGUGGGGGCCUCGGGAGCAUUGGUGACAAAAGUGUCUACGACAACUUGCUGAUGAGUAGCGGCGGGGGCGGGCACCACGGCGAGGACUACGGCCAUAUUUUGUUCGCUUCAUGA